CGCUGCUCUGAACCCCGAGAGAACGAGGGAAGACGCAAGGAUGAAAGAAGUGUGCCUUGGGGCCUCCGGAUGAGAACCUUUGCUGGGAUUCUAGCUGGAAGGUGGAGCGGCCACUCUUAGGAUGCAUGCAGCCACAACAGCAGCACCUGUGUCCUGAGGACCAGCCAACCUGGGGAGGCAAGCUCUCACCGGCGAGGCAGAUGCGGAUGUGAAGCCCUAGUCCACUAAGGUGACAGUGCCAGGUGGAUCAGCAGCCGUUCCAUUGCCCGCUCUGCGGUUGUGCCAAGAGUAGGGGAGCAUGGAGGAGAGGAAGCAGGAGACAACGAACCAAGCGCACGUCCUCUUCGACCGGUUCGUCCAGGCCACUACCUGCAAGGGAACCCUCAGGGCCUUCCAAGAGCUCUGUGACCACCUGGAACUGAAGCCUAAGGACUAUCGCUCCUUCUACCACAAGCUCAAGUCCAAGCUCAACUACUGGAAGGCCAAAGCCCUCUGGGCCAAAUUGGACAAGCGGGGUAGUCACAAAGACUACAAAAAGGGAAAAGCUUGUACCAACACAAAGUGUCUCAUCAUUGGAGCUGGCCCCUGUGGUCUCCGAACAGCCAUCGACUUGUCCUUAUUGGGAGCCAAAGUGGUCGUUAUUGAGAAGAGAGACGCCUUCUCUCGAAACAAUGUCUUGCAUCUCUGGCCCUUCACCAUACAUGAUCUUCGAGGUCUGGGUGCCAAGAAAUUCUAUGGCAAGUUCUGUGCUGGAGCCAUCGAUCACAUCAGUAUCCGUCAGCUCCAGCUAAUCCUCCUGAAAGUCGCCUUGAUCUUAGGCAUUGAAAUCCAUGUCAAUGUGGAAUUCCAAGGACUCGUUCAGCCUCCUGAGGACCAAGAGAAUGAACGGAUAGGAUGGCGAGCAUUGGUGCACCCCAAAACUCAUCCUGUAUCAGAAUAUGAAUUUGAAGUGAUCAUCGGUGGGGAUGGGCGUAGGAACACCCUGGAAGGAUUUCGUCGGAAAGAAUUCCGUGGCAAACUAGCCAUUGCCAUUACAGCAAAUUUUAUUAACCGAAACACAACCGCAGAGGCCAAAGUAGAGGAGAUCAGUGGUGUUGCUUUUAUAUUCAACCAAAAAUUUUUCCAGGAGCUGAGAGAAGCCACAGGCAUUGAUUUGGAGAACAUCGUCUACUACAAAGAUGACACACACUACUUCGUUAUGACGGCCAAAAAGCAGAGCUUGCUGGACAAAGGGGUGAUAUUGCAUGACUACACAGACACAGAGCUGUUACUUUCCCGGGAGAAUGUGGACCAGGAGGCCCUGCUGAACUAUGCCCGGGAGGCUGCAGACUUCUCUACCCAGCAGCAACUGCCUUCUCUGGAUUUUGCCAUCAAUCACUACGGGCAGCCUGAUGUGGCCAUGUUUGACUUUACCUGUAUGUACGCCUCUGAAAAUGCUGCCUUGGUACGGGAACAAAAUGGACACCAGUUACUAGUAGCUCUGGUUGGGGACAGCCUCCUGGAGCCUUUCUGGCCAAUGGGAACAGGAAUAGCCCGGGGCUUUCUGGCUGCUAUGGACUCUGCCUGGAUGGUACGAAGCUGGUCUCUGGGCACCAGCCCCUUGGAAGUCCUGGCAGAGAGGGAAAGCAUUUAUAGGUUGCUGCCUCAGACCACCCCCGAGAACGUGAGCAAAAACUUCAGCCAGUAUAGCAUCGACCCUGUCACUAGGUAUCCCAAUAUUAAUAUCAACUUCCUCCGGCCAAGCCAGGUGCGCCACUUAUAUGAUAGCGGAGAAACAAAAGAUAUCCAUCUGGAAAUGGAGAACCUGAUGAAUUCCCGAACCACUCCCAAGCUGACUCGCAACGAGUCUGUAGCUCGUUCAAGCAAACUGCUGGGCUGGUGUCAGAGGCAGACAGACGGCUACGCAGGGGUGAAUGUGACAGACCUCACCACGUCUUGGAAAAGCGGACUGGCCCUGUGCGCCAUCAUCCACAGAUACCGCCCUGACCUGAUAGACUUCGACUCUUUGGACGAGCAGAACGUGGAGAAGAAUAACCAGUUGGCCUUCGACGUGGCUGAGAAGGAGCUGGGCAUCUCUCCCAUCAUGACCGGCAAGGAGAUGGCGGCAGUGGCGGAGCCUGACAAGCUCUCCAUGGUGAUGUACCUCACGCAGUUCUACGAGAUGUUCAAGGACUCACUCUCUUCCAGCGACACCUUGGACCUGAAUGCAGAGGAGAAAGCUGUCCUCAUAGCUAGCACCAAAUCCCCCAUCUCCUUCCUGAGCAAGCUGGGCCAGACCAUCUCUCGGAAGCGCUCGCCCAAGGAUAAAAAGGAGAAGGAUUCGGAUGGGGCUGGGAAGAGGAGGAAAACCAGUCAAUCGGAGGAGGAGGAGCCUCCCCGGAGCUACCGAGGAGAAAGACCCACCCUGGUGAGCACCCUGACGGACAGGCGGAUGGAUGCUGCCAUUGGGAACCAGAACAAAGUAAAGUAUAUGGCAACCCAGCUGCUGGCCAAGUUCGAAGAGAAUGCGCCCGCACAGUCCACUGGCGUGAGGAGACAGGGCUCCAUAAAGAAGGAGUUCCCACAGAACCUGGGGGGCAGCGACACAUGCUAUUUCUGCCAGAAGCGGGUCUACGUGAUGGAGAGGCUGAGCGCCGAGGGCAAGUUCUUCCACCGCAGCUGCUUCAAAUGCGAGUACUGCGCCACCACGCUGCGCCUCUCUGCGUACGCCUACGACAUCGAGGACGGCAAAUUCUACUGUAAGCCGCACUACUGUUACCGACUGUCGGGCUACGCGCAGAGGAAGAGGCCGGCAGUGGCUCCUCUGUCUGGAAAGGAAGCCAAAGGACCCCUGCAGGAUGGUCCCGCCGCAGAUGCGAAUGGACUGGCCAGCGUUGCCGCCAGCUUGGCUGAGAGAACUCCAGGCUCCAGCAUGAAUGGCCUGGAGGAGCCCAGCAUCGCCAAGAGGCUGAGGGGCACCCCUGAGAGGAUCGAGCUGGAGAACUACCGUCGAUCUGUGAGGCAGGUAGAGGAGCUGGAGGAGGUGCCUGAGGAGACGCAGGCCGAGCAUAACCUGAGCAGCGUGUUAGACAAGGGCACCGAAGAGGAUGUGGCCAGCAGCAGUUCCGAGUCAGAGAUGGAGGAGGAGGAAGAGGAGGAUGACAAGGACGAUCAGCUCCCCACCUCUGACCUGGGCGGGGUUCCCUGGAAAGAGGCAGUAAGGAUUCAUGCCCUUCUGAAGGGGAGGAGUGAAGAGGAGCUGGAGGCCUCCAAGAACUAUGAGCCUGAGGAAGAGGAGGAAGAGGAAGAGGAGGAGGAGGAAGAAUAUGACGAAGAGGAAGAGGAGGAGUCAAGUGAAGAAGGGGAGUAUUGCCCCUGGGACAGAGAACUCCUGCAAGGCCAGUGGCUCCAGCAUCUCUCAAAGGAAGAAGAAAGGGGUACACACGAAGCCGGGAGCAGCAGGCUGCAGCAGAUCCUAACCGCAGCGGAUCCCUUGGCGAUCCAGGCCGAUGUGCACUGGACACACAUCCGUGAGAGGGAGGCGGAGGAGAGGAUGCUCCCAACCUCCGAGUCCUCCACUUCUAGAGCCCCUCUGGAUGAGAAUGACCUAGAAGAGGACGUGGACUCGGAGCCAGCGGAGACUGAAGGGGAAGCUGCAGAAGAUGGGGACCCUGGGGACACUGGUGCCGAGCUGGAUGAUCAACACUGGUCUGAUGACAUUCCUUCCGACGCCGAGACGGAACUUCGCUUACAGUGCCAGGCCAAGGCGAAAGCCGAGCUGGAACUGAGGGUGUCAGAGAACGAGGAAGAGAAGCCGCCUGAUACACCAAAGCAAGAGGAGAGAGGUCCUUCCCGAGUCUCCAGCCCCAGCCAAUCACCUCAGAAACAAGCCGUUCUGCUUACCCCAACCCACAGCCCUGAGGCAGAGGGGGCCCAAUCCCCACUUACCUCUGUCACCACCAAGGCGAAGUCCCCCGAGGAGCCCCUCUUCCCUGCACCUCUGCUCCCCAGAGAAAAGCCCAAAGCUGAAGCCCCCACAGAUCAGAAAACUGCGCACUCGCCCAUCCGAUCACAGCCUGUGGUCCUGCCGGAAGCCAGGACACCUACCUCACCUACCCGCUUACAGCCAGAGUCUCCGCUGGCCCCUGCCCCACCGCCCUCAACCCAGCUCCCCAUCUGUUCCCAGCCUCAACCUUCCUCAGAUGCUUCCAUCCCAUCACCCUCCGAGUCCCCCAUACGCUUCCAGCCGGUUCCAGCCAAAACAUCCACCCCCUUGACCCCACUCCCUGUGAAGAGCCAAGGAGACCCCAAAGACAGACUCAGUGGUCCUCUGGCUGUGGAGGAGGCACUGAAGCGGAGUGAUCUGGUGGAGGAGUUCUGGAUGAAGAGCGCCGAGAUCCGCCGCAGCCUGGGCCUCACUCCUGUGGACCGGAACAAGGGGUCGGAGCCCAGCCUCCCCUCACCUGCCUUUAAGCCAAUAUCCCUAAAGUCCUACUCAGUUGACAAGUCUCCUCAGGAAGAGGGCCUCUGCCUUCUGAAACCUCCAUCUGUUCCUAAAAGGUUGGGCCUGCCAAAGUCAGCCGGUGACCAGCCCUCGCUGCUGACCCCAAAGUCGCCCUCUGAAAGGGAACUGAGGAGCAACCAGGAGGAGCGGAAGGACCUCUCCAGCAGCUCGGGCCUGGGCCUCCAUGGUAGCUCCUCCAACAUGAAGACCUUGGGCAGCCAGAGCUUCAACACCUCGGACUCUACCAUGCUCACUCCGCCUUCUAGCCCGCCCCCACCCCCACCUCCCAAUGAGGAGCCUGCAACCCUGCGAAGGAAGCCCCAUCACACUUUUGAGCGCAGGGAGGCCUCCUUUAUCCCUCCUCCUCCUCCUGCCACAUUCAUGCGGCCCCCACGGGAGCCAACCCAGCCCCCCAGGGAGGAGGUCCGGAAGUCCUUCGUGGAGAGUGUGGAUGAGAUCCCCUUUGCUGAUGAUGUGGAGGACACUUACGAUGACAAGACCGAGGACUCCAGUCUGCAGGAGAAAUUCUUCACACCCCCCUCCUGCUGGUCCCGGUCAGAGAAGCCCCUGGCCAAGGAGAAUGGGCGGCUCCCUCCCCUGGAUCGUGAUGUGCAACCGCAGAAAAGGGGGCUGCCUCUGGUCUCUGCAGAAGCCAAGGAGCUGGCUGAGGAGCGCAUGCGAGCCCGGGAGAAGUCCGUGAAGAGCCAGGCACUUCGAGAUGCCAUGGCCAAGCAGCUGAGCAGGAUGCAGGCCAUGGAGCUGGCGGCCUCCAAGUCCCGCAUAACCCCAUCUCAGGGCAAGGAACUAGGACCCGAGUCCACCAAGCGCUCAGGCUUCCGAGGUUCCCAGGAACCCACUCUGAAGCAUGAGGCUACUAGUGAGGAGAUCCUCUCUCCUCCAUCAGACUCAGGAGGCCCUGAUGGCUCUGUCACCUCCUCUGAGGGUUCCAGUGGGAAGAGCAAAAAGAGGUCGUCCCUCUUCUCCCCCCGCAGGAACAAGAAAGAGAAGAAAUCCAAAGGGGAAGGCCGACUCCCAGAGAAACCCAGCCUGGGCCUCCCAGAGGAAGUGGCAGCAAAGCCCAAGUCCCUGUGGAAGUCAGUCUUCUCUGGAUACAAAAGGGACAAAAAGAGAAAGAGCGAUGAGAAGUCCUGCUCCAGUACCCCGUCCAGCGGUGCCACGGUAGACUCCGGCCAGCACAGGGCGUCUCCGAUUGUGAGAGCAGAGCUGCAGCUCCGGCGCCAGCUGAGUUUCUCAGAGGAUUCAGACCUGUCCAGCGAUGACAUCCUUGAGAGAUCUUCCCAGAAGUCCAAGCGAGAGUCGAUUUAUGUACCACACGCCUUGGCAUUCAGGAGAGCCUAUUCAUCAAAGCCCAGAACCUACACAGAAGAGGAGCUGAGCGCCAAGCUGACGCGUCGCGUGCAGAGGGCAGCACGGAGACAGGCCAAGCAGGAGGAGCUGAAGCGGCUGCACCGAGCCCAGAUUAUCCAACGGCAGCUGGAGCAAGUGGAGGAGAAGCAGAGGCAGCUGGAAGAGAGGGGCGUCGCGGUGGAGAAGGCCCUGCGAGGCGAAGCAGACUAUUGGGGAGAGUCUUAUUACAGUGGCCUCAUCGACUUGCACCUGGGUGUUGAGCCCAGUGGCGGGACUCCACGGCGCAGACCUCUCUCCUUCUGCCCUUGCUGUGUCCAGGAAGGCAUGGGCAAAAAGGAUGACCCCAAGCUGAUGCAGGAGUGGUUCAAGCUGGUGCAGGAGAAAAACGCCAUGGUGCGCUACGAGUCAGAGCUGAUGAUCUUUGCCCGGGAGCUGGAGCUGGAAGACCGCCAGAGCCGGCUGCAGCAGGAGCUCCGGGAGCGCAUGGCUGUGGAAGAUCACCUGAAGACCGAGGAGGAGCUGUCAGAGGAGAAGAAGAUCCUGAACGAGAUGCUGGAGGUGGUGGAGCAGAGAGACUCACUGGUGGCCCUGCUGGAAGAGCAGCGACUUCGGGAGAAAGAGGAGGACAAGGACCUGGAGGCUGCUAUGCUGUGCAAGGGCUUCAGCCUGGACUGGUCCUGAGCCUGGCUACCAUUGGGUUUGGUUGAUUGGCACCCACCUGACCCGGCUGCGUUAUCCCGACCCACCAGAUCCAGGUUCAGAAGAGACCUGGCGUGCCUGGAAGGUAGCUCACAGACACCUGUGCUGUGGGAAAACCCCAGGCGAGGGUUAUCAUCUGAGGUGAAGGGCCGCGUGGGACUUCCCAUUCAGGAGGGAGGAGACGGGUGUUUGGCAUGUGCCACAGGGGACACUCCUGCAGGUCCCCAAAGGCUUGCUGCCUGGCACCUCUUCCUUCCUUCUGCUGGUAAGAGAGGGAAGUGACUCCUCUUCAGAGCCACUGCCACCCAGAGCACCUGAAGAGCCGAGUGGCUACUGUCCUCGUGCUUCCUGAAGCACCACCAAAGAAAGUGCAGGAGCAUCUGCAGAGAAGCUGUGGAUGGAGGGGAUCCAGCAGGGAGCAGCACCCGUGGGGGUGAUGAGGGUGAUGCCCACCCUCCCGUUGCAGGGGAAGCCAGACAGUAGGCAGGUUCAUUAUGCAAGUUAGGAGGGCGCAGGAGGGCUCUGCCCCUUGGCCCCGCCACACACUGGAUUCCCAGUGGCCAAGUGCCCCAGGCCUCUCACAUGGGCAGUGGCCUGAGGCCCGCAGAUUGCUGUGUUUUGCUUUUAGUUCACAAUGAUUUUGACACUGGAAAGUAUUGACUGUGGGAGAGCUGAGGGAGACCCUACAUGUCGACCUCCCCUCCCCUCAUCGAUAGACAGGCGCCACCCCUGGUCGGCACCCACAGCAGUACAGGAGAUGGCUCUCCUCAGCAUUUUUCUGUGUUUGCACAUCGAAACGAAACUGACAACCUGACCAGACACUCAGCCACUUCGGACCCUUUUUGUCAAUUAACUUAUUUUUUUAAUACUUGAAAGGAAGCAACUUCGUUUUUAUACCUUUACUAGAGACACUGGUUGCCUGUCACCUGCGUGUAGGAAUUGACUGGGAGGUCUUUGUGCAGCCCUGAGGCAAAACUGACCUGACCUUGUUACAUGCAUCUGUUUAUUAGCCGUCUUGAUAGUGUUACUGACCUGGUUGGACCAGGGCGCAGCUCAAAGCCCUGUGGGAUCUUCCUCACAGCUUCUCUGUCCCCUCCUCCACCCAGCACCCUGUCCCUGCUGGCACUGGACUUCUACAGGGGAGCUGCCUCUCUGGGAGGACGCGUUUCAGCACUAGGAGGCCAGGCCUGGAGACAGACCGGCUGCUGUGGCCUCUGCUCUUGGAAUCGUGGCUCUGUGGAACCCACUUUGUCCAGUUUUGCUGCCAAGGUUUUACUUCCUGUACAGAUGUUAAAGAUGGAGGGUUGCCCUUCCUCACGCUGGCUGGGACCACGUGGAGUGUGACCUUGUCCUCAGGCUGGCUGAUGGCAAUGCCCCGGUCCAGCUGGAGGGGCAUGUGUGCACUGGCCUCCCCUCAACACGCCGGCCACUCUGACCUUCCCUGCCUGUACUAGGAUUUUCUUGGCCUGGCAAGAGCCAACAAGCAUCAUGUAACCAGCUCCAUAAGCCAAACUGCUCAUAUCUUGUGGUUCACGCAGAGACCAGUGAUGGGGGCCAGGGUGCUUCUCUUUCCAUGGGCCAGUGCAUGGGUGCCACACCAAUCUGGAAAAGGGCAUGCCAGCUGGGCCUGCUGGGAGGAGCUUGGGAAGAAGAUAUGCCAUCCCUGGCCGCCCUUCAAGGCUGCCAAGGGCCCACACUCACCCUGGACUUCCUGUGGGAACCACACUGUGCCUCAACUUGAACAUCCAUCUAACUCCAGAGGAGCAAACAGCAAUCUCACCCUUCUCCUCGUGCAAAAGCUGCCAUCUCUUCUGUGAAAAGACAGGUGUGCCGCUAGCAACCACUGCAGCUCUGACGUCAUCAGUUCCUGGUCUCUGACGUGGCAUUACUGCUAUUUUUAUUCUCUGUCUGAAACGAGGAGAGGAGGAUGUUCUGGAUUCCAUUUUUCAACCACAAUCUGCCAAUCAGACUGGACUUUGGACAGGACCUUUAUCGCCUGUGUGGCCUUCUUAACCCUGUCCGCCUCCCCAGUGCCACUGGCAAUCCCAGGAAGCUCAGCCUGUCAUUUCUGCUAACCCACAAGAAAGAACCCAUUUCCUGAGUGACUCAAGAAGGAUGCAGGGGCACGCAGCGCCUCUUGUGGCCUCGUGGGUGUCCCCUCCCACCUCUGUCCUGGUCAGCCACGACCCUGUUGAUCUUUCCAAAGCACAUGCUGCUUCCUGCAGUCACUAGGAAGGGGGCAGAAAUCCACCAGCCUGGGAGACAUCCCCAGCUCCCCAGCCGCGGCAGCAUGAGGACUUGGGGUUCGUGUAGAGCACCUUUUUUUGGCUCCCAGUUUGUAACCACUAGUUUGACGUCGAUUUCAACGGUCUGGGGACUCGAGACAGGAAGUGUUCUCCACCUCUGGAAAUGCAUGCAGGUCUGGUCAGAUGUUCUUCCCAGGAAUUCCGUCUUCACUUGAAGGCCGGGAAGAGAGGGUAUAUAUAGCCACACACUUCAUACAUGUAUAAGAUGCUAGAGUGUGUUUGAGUGAGCCCAAACUCAAGGCUAUGGAUAGUACAUGAGGCACCAGCCUCUACCCCUAAAGCAGAAGACUGCCCCCUGCUCCCCAGUGAGAGCCAGGCCAGAACCCCAGGUUCUAACCCUGCUCAGCUGAUAAAGGGCCUUUCCCUCCAGCAGCCAUCCUAAGAUAAUUUUGACCAGCAACUGUAGACUUUAAAAGAUAAGACAUUUUCACUGGGACAGGAGAGGAAAGAGUGGGGGCAGGGGCAACAAGUAUCAGGGGCUGGGAAUAUAGCUCAGUGGUAGGAUGUGUGCUUAGCAUGCAUAAGGCCCGCGGUUCAAUCCCCAGUACCACAUUAAAAAUGACCCACAAGAGGGAACGGUCUGUUUUAUGCGCAAUAAAGUUUUUUUUUUUCUUUUU